CUUUCCUUUUCUGUGGUCUCCCACACAUGAAAAUCCUGCACAUCACUUCCCUAUUACAAAGUGUUAAUUUUUUAUUAUUAUUGUUCCCGUUUGUAAUGUAGCCGCAUAACACUUAUACAUGCACUAGAUUUCCUUUACUCCUUAUCCAUCAUAGCCAUGAACUUGCAGGGAACAGCCACCUUCACACUUCAUACCGAUUCAACUUUGGAAGAUAUUCUGAUCAAGAAGCUACUCCUAAGCCAUGACCCAGAUGGCCGCCGUCUUGAUUCGGAGCAGCUGCUUCAUGCCAUGGAAGAUAUCAUGCUUUAUGCUACUAUAUCAGAUAUUUCUGAUCUAGAUUUCAUUGCCAAUGAUUGGAGAAAAGUCACCGACAUUGAAGCUGUUGGAUUUAAAGAAGCACUCUCACAUCUCAUUAACAAGAUCUCACAUGAGAUACUAUGCAAGUGCUCUGCUGAAGGGAGUCUACAUGAGAAGACUAUGAUCUUGUUCGACCUACUGGGAAAUUACACAUGGGAGGCUAAAGCAGUUCUAGUGCUUGCAACUUUUGUAAAAAGCUAUGGUGAAUUUUGGCUCUUAAUGCAGCUAUAUCCAAAGAACACAUUGGCACUAUCAGUUGCAAUGCUUAAGCAGUUGCCAAGCGAUUUGACCGCCUACACUCGUCAAUUUAAGGCCUUGAGCUUGCUGAUGAAGACAGUGAUAGAUUUAACCAAGUGUGUCAUCAAAUUUGAAUCCCUGCCUCUUUCACAAGUAAAGUUGGAUAAGGAGAACAUGUCUAUUACAAAGUAUAAUAUCUACUCAGCUGUUUAUUGGAUAAUCAGAAGCAUCUUGACAUGUUCUUCACAAAUCUCAGACUUGAAAGCAACGACACCUCUUCAAUACUCAGAUUCAAUAACAAUUGCAACAUGGGAGCUCUCAAGUCUGAUCCACAGACUGAAAGGCAUGGACAAUCACCUCAAUCAGCAGGUGGAGGAAUGCAGUCAACAAACAGAGUCACAGCUGUAUCAAAGUCUGUUGAAUAUUUUUACGGAGGAACACAAUGAAAACCAAGAAGUGCUUCGAAUAUUAUUUGCCGUCAGAGAUGACUUUCCACUACUUGACUGCUCCACACAAGCAAAGCUUGGUUUGACUGAACUGAAAAACAAGGUGGUCAUACUCUUGAUCACAGAGCCAGAGCUUUUACCUACAGAGGAGUUACUCUUACUGGUUCAGCAAAUUUGUGAUAAUCCUUGCAACAAAAUACUAGAGGGAAGUUAUGAAAUUGUGUGGAUUCCAAUUCCAGAUUCUAAUUAUUGGACUGAUGCUGAGAAGAGAAGUUUCAGGGUUCUAUCACAGUCUAUUCCAUGGUGCUCAAUAAAGCAGCCAUGGUCACUCAACUCAGCAGUGGUAACAUUUGUCAAACAAGAAUGGAACUACAGAGAAGGCCCGCUUAUGGUUGUUCUAGAUUCACAAGGAAAUGUCUCAAACUUUAAUGCAUUAGAUAUGGUCUUUAUCUGGGGUGUUAAAGCAUACCCUUUUUCAGAUUCAAGAGAAAAAGAGCUUUGGCAAGAGCAGAGCUGGAAUCUCCAACUUCUGGUAGAUGAAAUUGAUCCCCUAAUUUCUAAUUGGGUGAAAGAAGACAGGUACAUCUGCAUUUAUGGAAGUGCGGACAUUGAUUGGAUACUAGAAUUUAACUCAAAGUUUAAGAAGAUUAAAAACACAGGUCUUCAGCUGGAGAUGAUUUACGUGGGUACAAGGAAUGAAAGUGAACAUGUAAAGAAUUUUCUAUCUUGGAUUCAGGAAGGAGAUCUGAGAAACUCAUUGUUUUCUUUGUGUUUAACCAAAAGAAGGUCCUUCUGGAUUAGGUUGGAAAGUAUAAUAAGAUCAAAACUCAGGCUUGGCUACUCACUUGAUACUGAUCAAGCUCUACAAGAGGCUUCAGCUCUGGUCAAUAAUGACAAUAGCAAGAGUUGGGUGGCUAUAGGGAGAGGAUCUUCAGACGACAUUGUUAUAGUUGAAGGAAGCAACAUGAUGAAGUGCCUAGAUAGCCUUCUGGGGUGGGAUGCAAAAGUGGGAAAGUUGGGAUUUUGGGGUGCGCUUAGAACUGCCAUUGACCCUCCUGACGCCCCACUUAGUGAUGAGCCUUGUGGUCAUGAAUCCAAAACCAUUCCUUAUGGGGAAGAAAAAGCGGUGGAUGCCAUGGAAAUUUGUGAAAAGUGCAAUCUCCCAUGGAAAGAGUUUGUCGUUUAUAAAUAAAGACUAAUUGUUGAUCUUGGUUGGUGACUCUUGAAACGGAAUAAUUUGUUUUCAUAACGUAAUUUUAUGUUCAUGGACUAUUAUUAUUAUUAUUAUAUAUGAGUACUAAGUACCACACACCAAAAUAGAUAUCUACAUAUGUAUUAAUGUGGUGAUCACAAAUGUCUCUUAACAUUGAAAAAUGUUGAGAAAUUGAAGAUUUUUGUUUUCUUAAUAUCUAUAGAGUAAUAUUUUGAGGCU